GUCAAAUUGUCAGUAUCUCUGCAGCAUUGGUCCAGUCUCUCGGGCUGGUCCAACUUCCCACGUCGAUGCCAGACAUGCAGCAGCAAAUUGUUAAGAGAUACCUGCCCCCACAGCAUACCCGCACUGAUCUCGACGAACUCGUUAUCUGCCGGGUCCACCCGCGAUGCCGUUGCAAGCCGCUCCUUGAUCAACGACCAGGGUCCAGAGCUGGCUCAACAGGGGCGCCCUGAUUGGUCAACUGCUGUCCAGCGACCAUGCAACCUCCGAUCCAACUCCGAGAAGAGAGAGCAUCCAGGGCUCCAGCUGCAAUUACUCGCCAGCGUGGUGUGCCCGUUGUAUGAGUCUUUGCGCCUUGCUCUCUGUUUAAAACCUGGGGUUUGCCAUUCGCCAUUGCGCGCCUUCGCGUCCAGGAGUCCGUCUGUGCCCGUUGCCGUGGCUUACAAAAGCCAAUUGCUGCUUUUCGUUGUUUCCUCAGUCAUUAUCAGAUUUCAUCUUUUUAGUACACCGGCACUCACAUAAAACCUCCAAAAUGAUGCGCCGUCUUCUCCCAAGAUGCGCUCCCAGGGCAGCCUUCAACGCCCAGCGCUCCGCAGGCCUGGGUGCUGCUAUCCAAGCCCAGUCUGCUGUCCAGCGUCGUCAAUAUAGCAUCACCCCCCAGUCCUCCACCUCCCAGCUCCUUGACAUCGACCCCUCCAAGCUCGUCGUUGAGAAGACCUCCAAGCCCAAGGACCUCCUCCCCUCCAAAGACCUCGUCUUUGGCCGCAACUUCACCGACCACAUGCUCACCAUAGAAUGGACCCAAGAAUCCGGCUGGUCCGCCCCCAAAAUCCUCCCCUACCAAAACCUCUCCCUCGACCCUGCCACCUGCGUCUUCCACUACGCCUUCGAAUGCUUCGAAGGCAUGAAAGCCUACAAAGACACCAAAGGCCAAAUCCGCCUCUUCCGCCCAGACAAAAAUAUGGCCCGCUUCAACAAAUCCGCCGCCCGCAUCGCCCUCCCAACCUUCUCCCCCGAAGCCCUCACCUCCCUCAUCGCCCAGUUUGCUAAGCUCGAAUCAAGGUUCAUCCCCUCGGAACGCGGCUACUCCCUCUACCUCAGACCAACCAUGAUCGGCACCCAAAAAACCCUCGGCGUCGGCCCCCCUGGCUCCGCCUUGCUCUACGUCAUCGCCUCCCCCGUUGGCCCUUAUUACCCAACCGGCUUCAAGGCCGUCAGUCUCGAAGCAACCGAUUACGCCGUCCGCGCCUGGCCAGGAGGUGUAGGCGACAAGAAGCUCGGCGCCAACUACGCGCCUUGCAUCGUGCCGCAGAAGGAGGCCAUGUCCCGGGGCUUUCAGCAGAAUCUCUGGUUGUUUGGGGAGGAGGAGUACGUCACCGAGGUCGGCACGAUGAACUUUUUCGUCGCGAUCAAGAACAAGCAGACCGGUCAGAAGGAGCUCAUCACCGCUCCGCUGGACGGUACUAUUCUCGAGGGCGUGACAAGAGAUAGUGUUCUUGCGCUGGCGAGGGAGAGACUGGCGCCGGAAGGGUGGAAGAUUGAGGAGAGAAAGUACACCAUGGGCGAGCUUGCUGAGGCGUCUGCUGAAGGGAGAUUGAUUGAGGCUUUUGGCGCGGGAACUGCGGCGAUUGUGUCUCCUGUCAGGGCGAUCAGCUGGAAGGGACAGCUGGUCAACUGUGGGUUGAAGGAUAGUGAGGAGAGCGGGGAGAUUGCCAUGAAGAUGAAGGAGUGGAUGGAGGCGAGGCAGUAUGGUGAUGAGGAGAGUGAUUGGAGCUAUAUCUGCUAGUUUUUUGUUUCUAAUGGGUUUGUGGGGACAGACAGACAGACACACACACACACACACACACACAGAGAGAGAGAGAGAGAGAG